CAGGUGAUUGAGAACGGCCAGUGUGGCCUACCAAUUUCACCUUCACCUGCGCCUUGGCCACGAGAGCCUUGAGGAACCUCUAUUUGUGAACACCACGGCACACCAUCCAACAACCCAAUACUCCAACACGACCCGACAAUCAGAUUCCCCCCCUCAACUCGUCCAGUCAUUACGUAUAUUGUGGGAUCUACACGAUCACGUUCCAUCACUGUAUGCAGACUCGGCGAUCAUGAGGAUAGUCACUCUGCUCGGGGGUGCCGCUGCUCUUUUCGCCAUCACCAAAGGAUCGCCGGUGGAUGUCUCCCGUGCACUCAUCGAAGACUCCAUUGGCUCGGUGAAUCUGUCCGCGGCAUCUACUGUCGGGUAUGGGCCUCCUCAUGUUGGGUACGGAGCCUUUGCCGGUGGCGGAACAAGGCGAAGGGUCCGGCGAGACAGUGCCCAGAAAGCCGACCUCACCGAGGAGGAAUUCGAAGCUCUCAUUACGAAAGGCUGCAUGCUACUUGGAGCUAUGGGUGCGAAAGACUCUGAAGUGAGCAACUUUGUGCCUGGCAUAGGUGGCUCUGCGGAGAGUCAAUGGAGGAAUCCACAGGAUAUCGCGGACUGGGGUUGGACCAGGGCCAAUUCAGUAUACUUCAGGGACUUUGAACGUGGGAAGCCUGAUACGACUUUUCUUUCAGCAAUUGGUGCGAGCAGCAGGAGGCAACACGAGGGAGGACCGAAUUGGCUCCAUGGGUGGGAACAUACCACUGAGACAGUCCACGACGGUGUGACAUAUCCUUCUACAGCUGGGAUGUACUGCACAAUCAUGAAUGUGGACGACGGAGUUAUGAUCGGCUGGUCGCGGUGGGCUCCGAGCUACGCGGGACAGCAUAUGAAGAGUCCGCCAGUCUAUACGUUCCCGAAGUUGGCACGCUGGUCGGAUAUGGCCUACAUCGACUGGGUUCAACAUGCAAAUGCGCGUCAGAAGCCAGCAUCCAACAUCCAAUACUUCGCCAACCUCAAUAUCAUAAAUGAUCUCACCGAAUCGAUUAUCGAAUUCGUUUUCGAUUCGCCGAACUUGCAGGAUGACUGCGCAUCAUUUUCAUGGGAACGUCGGGUCUCGUAUCCCAUGGAUAGUGAGGAGGGAAAAGCUCUUCUAGCUUCCCCGAAUGGCAAUGGAAUCGCUUGGUUCCUGCUGCAGCACAAGUCAACCUUCGGCGAAAGGACCACAGUUGACAGGGUUGAGGUUUGGUGCAAAUACGAGCCGAUUGAAGAUGAUCCUGAAGGAGAGGACGAAGCCCAGAUCAACAUGCUUUUUCAUAUCAGGAGACAGUGA